AUGUUGACUUCAGAUAUAUAUAUUCUAUUCUAUAGAUUUAUGAGACCCUCAAUUCUAUUUCAAUUAUAUCAAAUACAAAACAAUCAUAUAUUUAAAACCCUCGAUAAAAAUAAAGGUCCCAAUCUUCUGUAUGAUUGA